GCCCCGCCAGACACGUCGGCCGAGGACGCCCGGCUGCGUCCGCCUGGGCGCCUUACGGGAUGGUGCCAUGGCGCGGCCGUCGGGGGACGCGCAGCGCCAGGAGCCCGAACAACAGCCACUGCCGCUGGUCUCCUACCAGCACGUGCCCGUGCAUCUGGCCGGCGGCGCGCCCUGGGGCUUCUCCCUCGAGGGCGGGCUGGAGCACGGCAAGCCCCUCAUCGUCUCCAAGGUAGAGGAUGGUGGGAAGGCAUCCUUGUCGCAGAAUAUGUGUCCUGGGGACGAGCUGGUGAACAUCAACGGGACGCCCUUGUAUGGUUCUCGGCAGGAGGCCCUCAUCCUCAUCAAGGGCUCCUACCGCACCCUCAAGAUGAUCCUCCGGAGGAGGGUUGUGCCUCUCAUCAGGCCCCACUCAUGGCACCUGGCCAAGCUCUCCGAAGUCCGGACUGAGGCUGACACCACCAUGCCCUUCCCGGCCGAUGCCUUCAACCUCUCCUGGCACUCAGGCUGCGACCCCAGUGAUCUUCCCUUGCCCUGGAACCCCCUCGCUCGCCACUGCAGCACAGACAAGAGCAGCUCCCUUGGGAGCAUGGAAAGCUUGGACCAGGUUGGCCAGACAUACUACGAGGGCAGCCUCUCUCCCAUUGACCAGACCAUGUACCAGAACAAGCGGGACUCUGCCUACAGCUCCUUCUCAGCCAGCUCCAACGCCUCCGACUCUGCCCUGCGGCCCGAGGACGGCGGUGUCCCCGAAGGUCUCCCACCAGACCCCCGUUACCUGCAGACCAGUGGCGAAGCUGUGGCAGUGGUGGGCCUGCAUGCCUGGCCCAGCCGGCCUGCCCCUAGUGCCAGGACAGCCCCCUGCCUUCAGGACAGUCACUUCCCCAGCUCCACCAGAGCUGUUGUGUCCACCCCUCCCCAGCCGCCAGUGAGGCAGGACAGCCUGCGAGCCUGUAACCUGCCCCCAACCAACGCAGAAGGCCGUCGGAAGGACUCCCCUCGCCUCAAGGCCCGCUGGACCUCGGACACGCUCCUUUCUGUGCGAGGCAGGGACCCCGAGCUGGCCAAGGAGUCACCCACAGAGCAUUACUACUUGCUGAGUUCUCAUGCUGACCAGCCCACCCCCAUGGAGAAGGAAGCCCAGAGUGCCAACUCCCUUCCGGGUGAGCAGAGCAGUGGGGAACACCCCUUGGGCAAGCCUCACACAGGCAGCCAGGACCCCUCUGUGACCAAGCCAGGCAGCCCCGAGGGUGCCUGCCAGCCCCACUGGAAGGCCUGCUGGGCUGGAGCACUGAGCCAUCGUCACAGUGCCCCAGAACACCUGCUGGCGGCUCAGCUGCAGGCUCUGCACGUCUCCUGCCCCCAGGAGGGCUCUCACUGGACUGUGUCUCCACUGCACGUGGAGCAAAGGAGCAACCCAGGGGCCCAGCAGAGUCAGGGCUCCCCCAGAAAGGCGCAAAGCCCCCGUUCUGAAAGCAGCUGCUGCCACAUGGGGCCAGAGCGACCCAGGAGUGCCUCUGUCGAACUGGCAUCCUCCCCGCAUCUGCAGCCCACUGGAGAUGCCAGCACAGGCCUGAAUGAGGCACCCAGCAUGGAGGCAUCGGCAGAGGUGGGGCAGGAGGAGGAAGGGAGCAUCGUGGGCACCAGGAAGGGGGGCUCGUCUCAGCACCGCUCAGCCCAUAUGCGCCGGCGCAGCGACCGCUUUGCCACCAACUUGCGGAACGAGAUCCAGUGGCGCAAAGCACAGCUGCAAAAGGCGAAGGGCUCCACUCCACUGUUGGAGGAGGGGGAGUCCAACCAGGAGGCAGGGGAGCCCCCCGGCAACCCCCCUGUCCCUCCUUCCCUGCCCCACUCUCCUCCGCCUCCCAUGCCCAAGGGCCGGCCUCCUGGCUUGACCCAGCAUAGAGCGCUACUUCCCAGGCGCUGGGGCUCUGAGCUGAGUGUCUUUGCAGCAGACAGUGGUUCCCCCAGCCCCAGGAAGCCCCAGGGAGCUCUUCCACCUGGAGGAAGUCAAGGGGGCCGCUGGAGGUGGUCACCAGAGCGCAAGCUGCAGCCCCACCAUCAGAGCCAGCAGGUGGCUGAUUCUGGGAGCCCCUUGCCGCCCCCUGAGGACUCCGGCCUCCUGCCUUUUGCUGACCGGAGGAAGUUCUUUGAGGAGACAAGCAAGCCGCUGUCCUCUGGGGGCUUCAGCUGCCAGAACAACAGGCCAGCGGGGGUACCCCUCCCCAGGAUGGUGGACCAGGACUCCUUCCAGCCAGCCAGCUCCGAGCGCAGGGACCAGCGCCGCCACUCUGUGGACCAGCCCUACAGGCUCCUGCAGCCCCCGCCACCCCACACCUACCAAGACUUCCUUCCAGAGGUGCCUGCCUUUUGCAAGCCAUUGGCCCAGUGUGAGGAAGACUGUGAUCACUGGCGCCCCCUUCCCUGCUCGCGUGCUGCCCGGGAAGGCUGUGCUUGCUGCUAUGGGGAUCGGUGCCCCGCAGCUCAUCACAGGAACAUGCCGGCAGCAUCUGGCCACUGGGCCCACCACUGCCACUCACACGCCUGGAAUCGCUGCCGCGGCUGCUGCUGCUGCCCAGCCCAGCACAAGUUCUUGGAGGAGGGGGGACCGUGGCAUGCGAGGAAGACCUUUCUAGCGGACUUUUCCUUGGGUGAGUGGGAGCCUCCUGCACCCAGCAGGAAGAUGAUGAGCCCGUCCAUGAGUGAACUCGCACAACACAAGGUGGGCUUUGCGAGGGUCAGCCCCUUCUGGACCUGCUCAGAGGCCUCCGAGGCAGAAUGGCACCCUUCCUGCCACGCUGGGCCCACUCACAGCCUCUCUUGGGACGGCAAGAGGCCUGGGCGAGCAGCAGAGAACCUGGCCUACAAAGAGGACCCUGCCACCCCUCACAGACACCCCUUGCGCGAAAGGGCCUACUCAGAGAGCCACCUCUGUGCAGAGCAGGCCGGUGCUUCUGGGAGGGAGAGACGAGAAGCCCCUCUGGCCAAGCUGGAGGAGGGGGCCCGGCUGGAGUCUCCCCGGGCAGCCAAGCAAAAGGGCCUGCCCCCUCCACGGCCCCCGCCACCAAACUGGGAGAAAUACCGCCCCGGCCGUGCCUCCCACAGCCAUCUGCUUCCCCCCAAGGCUGGCCCACACCCUCACCUGGAAGAAGCCUGUGCCCACGGCCAGAGCAGCAGCGAGGUGGCAAGGCAGCGGUCUCAGAGCCUGCCUCUGGAGCAGCUGCGGGGGGAGGCCGGCCAGCAGCUCAGCCCCAGGCCUCAGGAAGCCCCCCACUCCCCCUACCACUACAACAGUUCGCCACUCCGAACCCCAGAGUGGGCAGUGCCAGAUGGGAGCAGCCAGAGUGGGUCGUCCAGGCAAGUAGUGCAUUGCUUCCUGCCUCUUGGGGCUCAUAGGUUGUGGGCAUGGGAUGGGGGUGGUGGUCUGUACAGAGGGGCAGGGAAGCCUGCGUGUUCCCCGGAAGAAGCAGCAACACCCAGGCCCCUGUGGGAAAAGGGGAAGGAUGGAUCGGCCAGCAGGACCCCUGAGCCGGUGUCAGCCAGCCCCUCCAGCCUUGCCUCCAAGGAGCUAGAGGGGGUUGAAGGAGAUGCCUGCUGCCCAGGUACAGUGGGUUCAGUGCACCCCUUCCGCCUGAACUCGGAAGAGCUGAUGAGGGACGUGGCAGGCAGGGACCGCUCCCUGGCAGGAGUGCUCAGCCCCACCCUGGGUCUGGUGACGGCAGCGGAAAUGAUGGGGGGCCUCUUCUCCCCCAGUGAGGGUGCUGUGUGGCCCCCUCAGGCCGUGGGACUCUCAGCCAGGCAACCCAGCCAACCUGUCUCCCCAACCUGUGGAGGAGCUGCCAGCCCCACCUCCUCCUGCUCUGCCUACUAUAACCUGUCCGCCGGUAAGGCUGAGCUACUGAACAAGAUGAAGGAGUUGCCUGAGGGGGCUGGAGCCAGUUCGGAGGAGGAAGAGGUGGACCACGACUUGGCCAGGAAGAAGGUGCAGCUGAUUGAGAGCAUCAGUCGGAAGCUGGGGGUGCUGCAGGAGGCUCAGCGGGGCUUGCAUGAUGACAUGAAUGCCAACAUGGUGCUGGGCAGAGAGGUGGAGAACCAUGUCAAGGGGGUCUGCAAGCCCCAUGAAUAUGAGAAGUUCCGCCUCUUCAUCGGAGACCUGGAGAAGGUGGUCAACCUCCUGUUGUCCCUCUCAGGGCGGCUGGCAAGGGUGGAGAAUGCCCUCAGCAGCCUGGACUUGGAUGCCACUGCGGAAGAGGAGAAGCUGGCCCUCCUGGAGAAGAAGCGGCAGCUGAUGGCGCAGCUGGAGGAUGCCAAGGAGCUGCAGGACCAUGUCUCCCGUCGGGAGCGCUUGGUCUUCGCCAGCGUCUCACGCUGCCUUCCUGCUGAGCAGCUGCAGGACUACCAGCACUUUGUGCGCAUGAAGUCAGCACUCAUCAUUCAGCAGCGGCAGCUGGAGGACAAGAUCAAACUGGGUGAGGAGCAGCUGCGCUGCCUGCGGGAGAGCCUGCGCAGGGGGCCCAGGGAGUACUAACCAAAGCCAGCUGGGCUUUCCUGCAUCGCAGGGGCUGGGCUACAUGACCCUCAGGGUCCUCUCUAACCGUACCAAUUCAUAUUCAGCUGGUGCCUCCCUUAGGGGACUGCAAGCCAGCUUUGUGUUCACAGUGCCUUCUUGCUCUCAGGACAAUUAUAAUCGUUGCCAAAGAUUGCUAUGCCAGAUCACUGCGUCCCCACCCCUCCUCUUCCAUGGCUGAGGUUGGAGGCUCAACCAAAGUGUGCUUUGCUGGGAAGACAAUGACACCAGCUGCUCAGGAAGGUGAGGGAGGGAUUCCUGGAGCUCCACUGGGAUGAGGACUCCCAGGGAGGCAGCCUGAGUGCCUUGGAUAACUUUCCAUCUUCUCCCCUCUGGAGCCACCAACCCCCCAGCCAAGGAAGCUCCCCUAAACAGCAGCAUAAUCCUCUGGCGCCCACCGCUUAUUUCAAGGCCUGGCUUGCCUUUCCUGCCUCCUGCUGCACAAUUAAUUAAUUUAUUCCUAUCUUAGCUUUCCUUCACCGAGAUAGUUGUGAGGGGUGGGGGUGGGUGACUGGGAUGGGCCAACACAAAUCUCAGCCACAUCCCUUGAGGGCGACAUGUCCUGCAGCUCUCAUUGGUAUGUUAAGCUUAGGAUGUGUUGUGGUGGCUGCAGAGGAGUCUGUGUCCCUUCCCCUGGCCUCUGGAAGUGGCUUCUCUGCAAGGGUGGGGUUUUUUGUGGGAGGGAGGCUUCAAGCACAGAAACAGCAGCCCUGCAUGCUUUCCAGUUCCUUUUGUUGCCUCCUUCCUCUCCUUCCCCUCCCAGCACCUCAAUCUAAAGUUUCUCUUGCCAAGUUUAAGGGCAGGAAAAAAUUCCUCAUCUUUCCCCAUAUCAAGAUCUCUUGCUGGGGAGUUGCUGUUUCAAGUUGUUUUGAGCUCUGCUCAUUUCCUGCACAAUCGUGGGGGGGGGGGGGGGGAGCUGAGGACCUGUUUGCAGAUCCUCCUCCUCCUCCUCCCUCUCUCUGGGUCCCUCAUGGCCUGGGGAGCUGCAGCAAGCCCCUUGCACACUGCAGAUUGGCCGCUGCUUCCUUGAUCUGGCACCGAACCCUCCCAGCUCUACCCAGAGGCAAUCGGAGGAACCAGUGAGGGUAGUGAAGGUCCUGUGUGAGUGUCUGGAGGCAGUUGGAGGAUAGAUGGUGGCUAACAAAUUGAGGUUGAAUCCUGACAAGACAGAAGUACUGUUUUGGGAGGAUGGGGGGACGUGUAGGGGACUCCUUGUUCCUGUACAGGGUAACUGUGCCCCCAAAUGACCAGGUGCGCAGCCCGGGAAUAAUUUUGGACUCACAGCUGUCCAUGGAGGUGCAGGUCAAUUCUGUGUCAAGGCAGCUGUUUACCAGCUCCAUCUGGU